UGAGUGAUCGUCUGAAUAUCGGUUCAAAACAAGUCCGCUGACUUCCUCCGAAAUCUUAAUGAAAUGACCUCGAAAUAUUUUCCACAGCGCUACUUCACUAAUGAAAACUGAGAAGAUAAUCCUUGUACUUUGGUCUUGUUUCUUGCCGUAUUUAGAUGGUAAAUUCAGCAAUCUAUGGAGUGAGGGGUGCUAAUAGAAGUCGCAAAUAACAAGCCUUUCUUUCACUGUGGCCCGUACGUUGAUAUUCGUAUACCGGUAUUCAUGUAAAGAUGAAAGUAUUGAAGAAAGGAUCCAAUCUGGACAAGACCAAACCCUGCAGCAUACCCAACAUUAACUAUGAAGCCAAGAUCAAAAUACGCAGGAUCCCAAGCCAAAACGUUGUUCACCGGUUGCGCUUCAGAGAAAUAUAUCGUCCAAAAUGCAUGUCGCAUUUCUCCCUCACAAGAUCAUUCCAUCAGAACGUUUUCCCAAAUUUCACUGUUGUGAAUGUUGAGAAGCCGCCAUGUUUCUUGCGUAAGUUCUCGCCGGAUGGUCGCUAUUUCAUAGCGUUUUCCUCGGACCAGACUUCUCUUGAGAUCUACAGGUUUGAAGGACCAGCAGCGGCUGGGGACCUGCUGCAGAAGCUUCAUUCGAACAAGCCUGACGUGGCGGACGAGGAAGCAGAGAGUAUUCGCGGCAGGCUGUUUGAGCGAUUCUUCUUACUGUGGCACACAGUGAACGUGGCUCCGAACGGUGAGCACCUGAACCGAGAAUGUAGUUUGUUUACGGACGAUGGCAGGUACGUCAUUGUUGGAUCAGCUGUGUAUGUCCCUGAUGAACCCUAUCCUCAUUUUUAUGACAUGUACAGGAACAAUGAGUCUGUAUCCCCUACCCAUCGGUCACCUCUUGAAGACUACUCUCUUCACCUCAUAGACCUACAGAUGGGUGUCUUGUGCGAUACCCGGACGUUCAAGUGUGACAAGAUCUUCCUGUCCCACAAUCAGGGACUCUAUCUCUACAAGAACAUUCUGGCUGUCCUGUCAGUGCAGCAGCAAACCAUUCAUAUCUUUCAAGUGACUGCAGAUGGCAGGUUCCUAGAUGUGAGAACUAUCGGUCGGUUCUGCCAUGAGGACGAUGCCUUGGCUGUAUCCAUCUUGCGCUACGAAAUGCCUGCCGCAAACUCGACCCAAAAUGAGCGACCGUUCCGUGAUGCUUGCAUCAACUCCUUGAAGCACCGUUUGCUCGUGUACCUGUGGAAACGUGCCCACAGAGAAGGGACACCCAGCGCCAUGAGGCACUUCUAUCAACACUUUGACAUCUUCAGGUGGCUGCGGAUGUGGAAGAUGCAAUUGCUUGACGAAGUGCACCUCCUGAUCAAGUAUGCCAGCGAGGAUGUGGUGACGUUACGAAUGACCGACCCCACCUCUCAACCCUCCUUCUUCGUUGUCUACAACAUGGUCACGACUGAAGUGGUGGCAGUCUUUGAGAACACUUCAGAGGAGCUCCUAGAGUUGCUGGAGAACUUCUGCGACCUCUUCCGAAAUGCGACGCUCCACGCUCACACCCAGUUGACAUGUUCAGCAUCCAGCAAUGUCUAUGCUAGACAGAUACAGAGGAGAUUCAAGCACACCAUCAUCAAUGCCAAAUACGGAGGUCACAUGGAAGCUGUCAAAAGACUCCUGGCCCAGCUUCCGAUCAGUUCUCAGUCCUACAGCAGCAGCCCAUACCUGGACCUGUCCCUGUUUAGCUAUGAUGACAAGUGGGUUUCGGUGAUGGAGAGACCCAAGGCAUGUGGGGACUAUCCAAUCAGGUUCUAUGCACGAGAUUCAGGCAUCUUGAAGUUCAAGAUCCACGCUGGGCUGGUGGGACGCCCUUCCCCUCCAUCUGCUCGCCGUCUCGUUGCCUUCACCUUUCAUCCUUACGAACCCUUCGCCAUCUCAGUCCAGAGGACCAACACAGAGUAUGUGGUCAACUUCCAUGUGCGCCACCAGCCAGCAGACUAAGGACAGUUACUCAUUUUAUGCCUCUGCUACAAAGUAGCCAGAGGUAUAAUGUUUUCGGGUUGUCCGUCCAUCCGUCCUUUUGUACGUCCCGUUCUCGUGAUGGCGUUAUCUCAA